CAGUGCGUGCUAGGAGCGGAGGAAAGACGGACGAGCCACGCAUCCGCAUCACCGAGGAGGAGGAGGGUGGCGCGGUGGCAUCGCCUGCAGGAAUUCAGUUGUAAAGUCCACACAGGAGGCAAAAAUGCGCUGAGAGGAGAACUGAGUGGAGCCUUCUGUCGUUAACCAAAGAUUAUCAGACUACCUUACGGCACUGAGACACCUGAAGGAGAGACACACUCACGCGCUCCGGACAAGUUGUGAUUUCAGAGGAAAUCCGGCUGGAGAUGAAUACCAACGAUGCCAAGGAGUAUCUCGCGCGGCGGGAGAUACCUCAACUGUUUGAGAGCCUGCUGACGGGUCUGAUGUACUACCGCCCUGAUGACCCUAUCGAGUACCUGGAGGGCUGUCUGAAGAAAGUCAGUGAGCUGGGAGGACCUGACAAGGUGCGGUGGGAUACAUUUGUGGGGCAGGAGAAGAAGUCGCUUCCUCCUCUCAAUGGUGGCCAGUCACGCAGGUCUCUCUUCAGAAAUGUGUUGCCAGACAGUCCCAACUUUCCCUACAGACGCUACGACCGCCUCCCUCCCAUCAGCCAGUUUUCCAUUGAGAGCGAUUCCGACCUGUCAGAGACCGCGGAGCUCAUAGAGGAGUAUGAGGUGUUUGACCCGUCCAGACCGAGGCCCAAAGUCAUUCUGGUCAUAGGCGGCCCUGGCAGUGGCAAAGGAACGCAGUGCCUGAAGAUUGCCGAACGCUACGGCUUCCAGUAUGUGUCAGUGGGCGAGCUGCUGAGGAAGAAGAUGAUACACAACGCCACCAGCAACAGGAAGUGGAGCCUCAUUGCCAAAAUCAUCACCAACGGAGAGCUGGCACCACAGGAAACGACAAUAACUGAGAUCAAGCAGAAGAUCAUGAAGAUCCCAGACGCUAAUGGGAUUGUUAUUGAUGGGUUUCCUCGAGACGUCGGACAGGCUUUGUCCUUUGAAGACCAGAUCUGCACUCCUGACCUGGUGGUGUUCCUGGCCUGCACCAACCACCGCUUGAAGGAGAGGCUGCAGAAACGAGCGGAGCAGCAGGGACGACCUGACGACAACCCCAAGGCCAUCGACCGCCGCCUGACCAACUUCAAGCAGAACACCAUCCCACUGGUCAAAUACUUCCAGGAGAGGGGCCUUAUUGUUACGUUGGAUGCAGACCGAGAUGAGGAGGAGGUCUUCUGUGACAUCAGCAUGACUCUGGACAAUAAACUGUUUCCCUCCCAAGAGCCGGCCGCAGGUCCCAGUGAGCUGGACCUCAGUCUGCUGGGAGAAAGCAGCAGUCUGGCAGAUGCUGCCUGCAAAAGCGAUGAGGUUGAAGAGGAGGAAGAAGAAUUUGGUUUUGCUGAAGGAACAACAGAAAGUUAUCGUACAGAACAGAAGAAACCAAAGGUCAUCUUCGUGAUUGGUGGUCCAGGAUCGGGUAAAUCUGUGCAGUGCGAGCGGAUGGAGGAUAGGUUCAGCCUGCGUCGGGUCACUGUGGGUGACCUGCUGUGUACCGAGCUGCAGUCUCACAGCGACAGAGGACGACACCUGCGGGACGUUUUGGAGAGAGGAGAGCAGCUGCCAGAGGACACAAUUCUGGAGCUGUUGUGCGAUGCAGUGGCAUCGUCAGUGCGGCAGGGGAAAGGUCUGGUGAUCAGUGGCUUCCCCAGAGACCUGAGACGGGCUGAGGAAUACGAGGCCAAGAUGGGGGAGCCCAGUGUAGUCCUCUUGCUGAGCUGCUCAGCAGACACCAUGUCCAGCCGUCUGCAGUGCCGCCGCAGGUCCUCCUCCUCCUUCAGCUUCCAGGCAGCCUCAGACAGAGAGGAUGCCCUGUACAGGAGAGCUGAGAGUUUCUUCAGUGACAGCCAGGAGGUGGCUGCUCACUACGAGUGCAAGAAGCUCCUGCACACGAUUGAUGCUGAGAAGUCACCGGAUGAAGUCUUCUCCCAGAUCUGCCAGGCGAUGGAGACCUUCUAAUUUCUGCAACCACUCCUCCCUCCAACCCCGAAUCUCUCCCAUCCAGGAGCUCCACCUGUGAAGACUUCUCUCUUCCUCCACAAGGAGACUCACCCACCUCUUCUCUCACACACGUACACCACACACACACACGCAAACACACCCCCACGCACCCCCCCACACACACACACACACACACACAGACACACACUCAUUUAACUCCAGUGAUCUGCAUGCCCCAUAUCGGUGAAACCUCUUCCUGCUUUUAACACUGGUGAAGCGCCUGGUUGUCACUUUCUGCUUCACCCACUCGCAUCGUCUCUCUCUUGCAUCAACCUCAAUAUAUGCUGCCAACUGUCCGGCCGAGGCAGAUAACUGUACUGAGAAACAUGGCAUUCCUGCUGUGACUGAGAGCAUGUUUGUAGUGGAGUAUGUGAAACUGCAGAGAGGGAGAGAGAGAGGGUUCCUGCCACGCUGCAAAGUGGAAAUGUCAGUGUGUGUUCAUGCUCUCAUGCACAGCAUUGUGUUUUAUAUUGUGACAAGCAUGCAAGAAUUACAAUCAAAGCUUAACUGCCUUUUGUGCAUUGAAUAAAAAAGCAGAAAAAUCUUUAAAAGUGUUGGAAAAUAUUGCAUUUGUAUGUUUCCGAAGCUCAUCGUACAAGUGCUUGUUUUGAGUCUGGUAUUUAACAUUCAAUAAAGCCAGUGCAUUUGCUAAAA